AGUAACCAUGAUCAAGUAACGCAUUUGAAUCACUGUGUCUUAGCAUGGCAUUAGAACUUGUUGGUGGUGCUCUUCUUUCUGUUUUCCUUGAUGUUGCAUUUCAGAAGCUAGCUUCUCCUCAAAUUCUCGAUUUCUUUCAUGCAAGAAAGCUUGAUGAGAAGCUGCUGAACAAGUUGGAAACCAAGCUGCAUUCCAUCCAUUCUCUGGCUGAUGAUGCAGAGGGAAAGCAGUUCACGGAUCCACAUGUCAGAAACUGGUUGCUUGAGGUCAAAGAUGCUGUCCUUGAUGCAGAGGAUCUCUUGGAUGAUAUACAAAUGCUCUCCAAAAGAGGAGUGGAUGCUGAUUCUGAAUCUCAAACCUUUUCGGGUUGCACUUGCAAGGUACUCGAUUUCUUCAAAUCCUCUCGUAUUAGUUCCCUUAACAAGGAGAUUGAGUCUAGGAUGGAACAAAUCCUUGACGGCUUAGAAUUUCUCUCAAGCCAAAAGGGUGCUCUAGGAUUGAAAAAAGCUAGCGGUGUUGGAUCUGGGUUGAGCAGUGAACUGCCACAGAAAUCACAAACAACAUCGUUGGUUGUUGGAACUGAUUUUUAUGGCAGAGAUCACGAUAAAGAACUGAUCUUUGACUGGCUGAUAUCCGACGACAACAGUACUAACCGGCCAUCAAUACUUUCUAUUGUGGGAAUGGGUGGGGUGGGUAAGACCACUCUUGCUCAACAUGUAUUCAAUGACCCAAGAGUGGAUGAGGCCAAAUUUGAUUUCAAAGCUUGGGUUUGCGUUUCAGACGAAUUUGAUGUUUUCAAAGUAUCAAGAGCAAUUCUUGAGGCGGUUAUUGGAUCAACUGAUGAUAGUAGAAAUUUAGAGAUGGUCCACAGAAGAUUGAAAGAGAAAUUGACUGAGAAGAAAUUUCUUCUUGUUUUGGAUGACGUUUGGAAUGAAAACCAAUCUAAAUGGGAAGACGUGCAAAAGUCCCUUGUUUUCGGAGCUAAGGGGAGUAGGAUUCUUGUGACUACACGUAGUAAGGAAGUUGCUUCUACCAUGGGGUCAAAAGAGCACUCCCUCAAGCAAUUGCAGAGAGAUGAUUGCUGGAAGUUGUUUGCUAAACAUGCAUUUCGAGAUGAUGAUACUGAGCCAAAUCCAGAGUGUAGAGAGAUUGGCAUGAAGAUUGUUGAAAAAUGUAAAGGACUACCUCUUGCCUUGAAAACAAUGGGAAGUCUAUUAUACAGAAAAUCAUCUAUUUCAGAAUGGAAAUCUGUGUUCCAAAGCGAAAUAUGGGAUUUUUCACAAGACCGUUAUGAUAUUGUUCCUGCUUUAGCAUUGAGUUAUAUCCACCUUUCUUCACACCUCAAGGUAUGCUUUGCUUACUGUGCCCUAUUCCCCAAGGAUUACGAGUUUAGAAAGGAAGAUUUGUUUCAGUUGUGGAUGACUGAAAAUUUCCUACACUGUUCUCAACACAGUAGGACUCCAGAAGAUGUUUGCCAACAAUACUUCAAUGAUUUACUAUCAAGGUCCUUCUUUCAACAAUCGGAUGAAAAGGAAGAGGUAUUUGUUAUGCAUGACCUUAUACAUGAUUUGGCAAACUAUGUUGGGGGAGGCAUAUACUUCAUGUGGGAAGUUGGUAAAACAGAGAAGAUACAAAAAGUUACUCGUCAUUUUUCAGUUAAACUUAGAUACAAUCAGUAUUUUGAUGGGUUUGGAAAGUUAUGUAGUACAAAAAAGUUGCGUACAUUUAUGCCAACAGGUGGUUUACUACUCAAUAUGUCGAUACAUGAAUUGUUCUCCAAGUUUAAGCUUUUACAAAUGUUAUCUUUGUGUUUUGUUUUGAACCUUGAAGAGUUACCUGACUCUGUUGGUAAUCUUGAGCAUCUUCGUUCAUUAGACCUCUCCAAUACUGCAAUUAAGAAACUAACUGAAAAGAUAUGUUCACUCACCCUCUUGCAAAUACUGAAGUUGAACUUUUGUAGAGAUUUGGAGGAGUUGCCCUCAAAUUUGUAUUUACUCACCAAUUUGUAUCGCCUUGAAUUUAUAGAGACUAAAGUGAGAAAGGUGCCUCCGCAUUUGGAAAAACUGAAGAAUCUUAAAGUAAUAAUGAAUUUUAGUGUUGGCCAUGGCAGGGAGUUCGGUAUUCAACACUCUUGAAGAGUUGGACAUUUAUUCACCUCUGGAGUCAAUCAGUGAUGACUCUGUCUCUCUAAGGAUCUUUCCACUAGAUUUCUUCCCAACACUCUGGACUCUUAGUCUCAGUGGGUUUGGAAAUCUACAGAUGAUUUAACAGGAUCAGGCUCAUCAUCAUCUCCAAGAUCUAACAAUCAAAGAGUGUCCUAACUUUGAAUCAUUGCCGGAAAACAUGCAUAUGUUGCUUUGUAUCAACUACUCUCCUCUUUCAUUGAUACUCCUGCAUAAAGCUUCUAACAAUUCACCCCUUCCAUCAGGUUUUUUAACAUAAUUGUACUAUUGGAUUAAACAUUCCACUCUUGAAUUUUGUUUCCCAAGUUCUUACUA